UUUCACCGAGAUGCCUACAAACAAUUACAUUGAAAGCUCGUUUUGGAAUUUUGACGCUUUAUUUCAACCUCAACAACAUCCAGCUAGAGAUGCUCAUGACACUUUCUUUGUUUCAGAUCCCCAGGAAGCUGGUGAUUUUCCUAUGGAUUAUUUAGAAAAAGUCAAACAAGUUCAUUCUGUAGGUGGUUAUGGAUCUCAAGGGUAUAAAUAUGAUUGGAAGUUAUCUGAAGCUAAAAAGAAUCUUCUUCGAACUCACACCACAGCAGUCAGUGCAAGAAUGCUAUAUCAGCUGGCCAAAAAAGAACCUUUUGCACCUGCUAAGUAUUUCAGCAUAGAUAAAGUGUUCAGAAAUGAGACAUUGGACGCCACACAUCUGGCUGAGUUUCAGCAAAUUGAGGGUGUGAUAGCUGACAGGGGACUGACGCUCGGUGACCUGAUUGGUGUUCUUCACCAGUUUUUUGGAAAAUUAGGCAUAACAAAACUUCGUUUCAAACCUGCUUAUAAUCCUUACACUGAACCUAGCAUGGAAAUAUUCAGCUACCAUGAAGGGCUUAAGAAAUGGGUGGAAAUAGGCAACUCCGGAAUGUUUCGACCAGAGAUGCUGCUACCCAUGGGACUUCCCCCAGAUGUAUCUGUCAUUGCAUGGGGACUGUCACUGGAGAGACCCACCAUGAUCAAAUACAAGAUAGACAAUAUACGAGAGUUGGUAGGACAUAAAGUAAAUUUGAACAUGGUUAAUGUGAAUCCCAUAUGCAGGCUAGAAAAAUGAUGUAACCUAUAUUUAUGAGUAAAUUAUUAUUAAAUAAACAAUCUUUUAUAAGGUC